AUGGGUGAUAAAGUACAAGUAAAAACUUAUCAAAUUAAAUAUUAUAAAAAUACACAUAAACAUGUUUUAAAAAACUUAUUUAAAAAUGAAGCAUAUUCAUUUAAAAGUGAUAAAAGUGUUGGUUAUGAAGCUAAAGAUUAUACCACUGGAGAUUAUCAAAUUGCAAUUUGUCAAGAUGGAAAAUUUGCUGUUACAUUUGAUACGGCAAACCUUCGAAUUAAAAUAUUGCAAAAUAGAGAUUAUCGUCCACCUAAGUUCGGUAAGAGCAAACGGUAUGGACCAGAUGAUGACUCUAAUGGAUCCAGUGAAAUUGAUGAUAUACCCAGUACUAAUGAAACUGUCGCUGAUUUUCAAAUAAAUGAUGACUUUACCAUUAAAGUCUUUUACAAAAGCAACAAGUCGUCAUUUUUUAAUCAAACUCAAAAUAAACAAUGUAAUCCUAUGAAUAAUACUGACGAAGAAAGCGAAGAAAGUAGCUCGAAUGAGGAUAAAAAGGGAGAGCCAUCUAAAUGGUCUUUUGAUAUAUCAAAUAUGCAUAAUGAUAAGACGGACUCGAAUGAGAAUGAAAAAGGAGAGCCAUUUAAAUGGUCUUUUGAUAUAUCAAAUAUGCAUAAGACGGACGGGAAAUCUUUAAUUCUCGUCGCAAUAUCUCGCAUAAACGUUGAUGAGGAUAUGAAAGGGACAAAGGAAAAGAAACAUGAUAAUAAAACUAGUGAAUAUGAACCAGAAGUCGAAAAUACUGAAAUUAACGUAAUCACUAAAACAACCGAUCAAAUUAAAAAAGGAAUCGCCAUUUAUCGUGUUGAAGUUGAGGAAAAAGAAUCAAAAGGCGAAAAUCUCGACGAUAUUAAAGAUUCGGAAGAUGAAAAUAAAAAAGGAAUCGCCGAUUAUCGUGUUGAAGUUGAGGAAAAUAAGAAUAAAUGUCCGUCCAACGAAAAUCUCGAUGACGAUAUUAAAGGAAUAUGUAAAUUCAUAGAAGUUUCAAGCGAAGACGAUUUAUGUACCACAGAGCUGAAACAAAAACAACAGCAAUCAUCACAACAGCAAUCACCACAUGAUCCUAAACUAAAAAGAUUUAUUAUAUUGAAUUUUCAUAUGAUAUAUAAUUUUAAUUUUAAUGAUCAAUAUGAUCCUUUUGAAUUGAAUGAAGAAUUUGAAUAUCCAAAGAGCUUUAGACAUGAAUUAGAUAAUUUCUAUACACGUGACUUUGCAGAUGCACGUGAUUCACAUGAUCUCCAUGUCGAUGAUAACUCCUACGAAUUCGGUGGUUGUAUGAAACGUCUUCUCUCAUGUAUUUACGAUAAAUAUUUUUUGGUCACGCAAUAUAAAAGUAACGUGCGAUCACUUGAAGUUUAUAAUCUGGCCAAAAUGGAAUUAAAAACCGCUGCAAAGAAAUGUGAAAAAAAGGAUGAACCCAUAAAACAACAACUCUAUUCUGAUAAAUUUUCAGUUAGCAGGUUACACUUGUGUUAUACUCAAGGAAUUGAUAUUAUUAAUUUGUUUUAUAUGGAAAAUGGUUUACGAAUAACAUCAAAAAAAUUUGACGAAAUAAAACAAAUAUAUUUGUUAGAAUUUAUUGAUAGUGAUGAAAAAUUAUUUAUAAUUGGCGAAUGUGAAGGAAAGAUAGUAUCUAUUAUUUGGGACAUAUAUAAUACUGCUGAAUAUGAACCAAUAGAGUUAGACAAUUUUCCAAUAAAUAAGCCUGUAACGAUUAAAGCUUCUUUAGCUAGAACUUCGGGAAAUAUUUUGCAAAUCGAAAAUAAUGGAAGGAUUUACUCAGUCCUCGAAAAAGUUGAAAACAAAUUAGAAGAGUGUAAAAAGGAAAAAAUUGGAAAAAAGAAAAAUUUUGCACCUCUUAGUUGUUUUGUGGAUGGUAAAAAAAUGAUUUGCGCAGAACCAUGGAUGUUAGAUAAAUAUGAUGAGAUCCCUCAUUGCCUAUAUCAUAAUAAAGAAGGAGAAAGAACAGAAACUUUACAACUUAUUGUUGGUAGAUCCACUGUUCAAAUUUGGCAUCAAAUCAAUUCUGAUGAUGAAAAUAUUAUAGACAAAGAUGAUCUUCCUAACAAAGGUGAACCAUUUCUUGAAUAUAUAUGGACAAAUCGUAUGCCGAUAGACCAAGAAAGAGAAAAAACAGGAUUACGAAUUGAACAGCCUGAAAGUUAUGGAUCACCUGUCACAUCAAAUGGAUCACAUGACACAUUAAACGACAAAUUAAAUGAUUUUUAUUUAAAGGUUUAUUGGUAUGAAAGAAAGUUGCAGAAAGAUAAGAAAGAGAGUGCAAAUAUUACAGAGGAAGAUGAAGAAAUAGAUGAAAUAGAAAAAGGAAACAAAGAUAUUAAAAAGAGUGAAAAGGUGAAAAGGAAAGAAAAAGUAAUUGAAAAAAAAGAUAUUAUUGAAAAAUUUCAUGCAAUAAGACAUGCUUGCAGGGCAUUAGAACAUCUUAAUAAGCGCUUUAUAAGUAACCGCCUUGCAAAUAAUUACAUUAGAAUACACAAAUACGAGAAGAUUAUUGGCUACAUCAAACAUAUAAUUUGGAAAUUUGCUAAAUAUGAACCCGAAAUUUUCAAAUUAUUGUGUGUUCGAUAUAAUCUUAUGAAAAAUUUGAUUCUUAGUGAUUGUGACCAUUUAAUAAAAUUUAUAUUAUUUGGAGAUGAAAAACUUGAUGAUUGUAAUAAAGUUUUUAAAGGACAAAAAGAAGUUAAAACGAGAUAUAUACCAAGUAAUGAAUUAUGGCCAGGAAAAAAGUUUCUAAUAGAUGAUGAUCUUUACUUCAAUAAAGGAAAUGAUAAGCUGGAAGAUAAUGAAGAAAUUGAGCCAAAAAAUAAUAUGGAAUUGGCAAUUUAUCAUUGCAAAGGUCGUGAACUUAAAGAUACAAUUAUUAUUGCUUAUCUUUUGGAAUAUUAUUCCAGACAUGCAACAGAUUGUGCAGAUGAUUAUGCUAGAAAGCUAUUUUUUAAAGAAUGUUUUGCAAAUCAAGACCAUUUUUCGGUUCAAGAUCCUAAUGAAAUUAUUCCACCAGAAUACCUGGCAAGACGUAAUCAUGAUAUCAAAUUUAGAGCAUUUAGACCAAUGGUCAGAUUAAAGUCUAAUAAAAUUAAGUGGUACGAUUAUAUACGAAUAAAAAUUAAAUCUCUUAAAAGUUACAUAAUUAAGAAUUAUGAAAAUUAUGAUAAUGAUCUUGGAAAAUCACCAUUAGCUUUAAGAUUGGUUCCUCUUCCCAAUUUCACUGUAAACAGCAUUGAAAAUGACAAAAAAGAGUAUAAUUGGAUAAAAGAUAUUUUAUACCUUCUUUGGUUUAUAUUUUUACCACGAUGGUACCAAAUUAAGCGGGAUGAUAGGACUAAGUUAAGCCCUUUUUCUAGAAUGAUACAUUAUGAAAAUAACGAUGAUAUCUAUGAUAAUCCAGCAACUGAAGCUGUUAUUAAUUUUCGUUGGCAAAAAGCAAAAAAUUUCUUUAUUUUACUUUUCUUCCGAUUUCUUAUCUUCGCUAUUUGUUUUGUAUUAGUUAGUAGGUCAUAUUUGAAACAUGGUACUACUAUAAAUAGAAAAUUUUUACUUGCCUUAAUUAUUAUAUUCUAUUAUUUGGCAAUUUAUCAACUUAUUACCGAAGUGUUGCAACUUAAGUACCGUGGCUUUAAAAAAUAUUUUGGUGAUAUAUUCAACCUUUUUGAUAUAAUCUCUAUUGUACUUUCUGUAACGAUGAUGUCAAUAAUGCUUGAAAGUUUUCAAUUUUCUGAUGGGUUUAAAAAUGUUAAAGAAAUUAAUAAUUGGUUAAUUGUUGGAAUAUCAUUUUCAAUUUUCUUUCUUUGGAUUGAAUUGAUUCUCUUUCUUCGUUUAUUAUCAAGUAUUGGUAUUUAUAUUUAUUAUUCAGUAAUUAUCUUCAAAGCCAUAUUUCCGUUCUUUUUAUUUAUAUUAAUUGUGAUAAUUGCAUUUGCGCACACAAUGUUUGUGCUACUCAGAGAUCCCACUAAUAUUAGAACCAAAGAUUCUACAUACAGUGGAAAUGCUACAAAUGUUAUAACAAAUGAGACACUUAUUGUUAAACUUAAAUCUGAUUUUGAUCCCCAAUCUAAUGAUAAUCCAUUUUCAACUUUUUUAAAUGCAAUUGUAACUACAUAUUUUUGGAUUGGCGAUAAUUGGGUUCAAAGAGAUGAAUUUGAUUUUUGGGCUAUUGAUGUGUUUACUUUAAUUGCUAGUGUAAUUCUUGUAGUUCUUUUAAUGAAUAUGUUGAUUGCUUUCAUGACUGGUGUAUACGAAAAAGCAGAAACUAAAGGUAGACAAACUUUAUUAAGACGACGAGCAAAUCACAUAGCAGAUUACGAAGCAUUGUACCAUAUUCACUUUUGGAGUCAUGAACCCGAACCAAAACAUAUUUAUUAUUUUGGACAAUCUAAAGCAUUUGAAGAAUGGUAUGCAGGAAAAGGUGAUCAAGGUGCUAUAUAUAAAGAUUUUGAAGAAAAAUCUACAUUCACAAAACAGAUUUUUGAGAGGAGAAAUUAUGAUGAUCAUUCAAUUUGGGACUACGAUAUCGAUAUCGAUAAUAUCGAAUCAGAAAUCAAAAAAAUUAAAACAAAAAAAAAUAGGUUAAAUAAUAGAAUUAAAAAAUUGUCUAAAAAAAUUAAUGAUCCAGAGAAUGAAAAGAAAAUAAAGAAAAUACAAAAUAAUAUUUAUGAUAAAAUUAGAAAAGUUGAUAAUAUUAAAAUUAAAAAAAUGGAAUGGGAUGGAAGGUUUAUUUACCAUUGA